CUGUGCAGGUCACUUGUUGUUGUGAAGCCAUGGUGAUGAAGUGUACUGCUGUGUGCCUUAUGGCACUGACCUUGCUUGGCAGCUUCUGUGAUGCUCAAUACCAGAAGCCAGGAAAACCUCCCCUGGAUCUCCAACAGACGAGGCAGUCAUUUGAGAAACCUCUUACCUGGAGAUACCCUACAGAUCCCAAGCCUGAGGUCCCAGUCGAUGUGCCUUUCGAGCUGAGACAUCCUGUUCCUGCUGCAACUGUUGCUGUCGAUUGCAGAGAGAAGAUUACUCAUGUGGAAGUCAAGAAGGACCUGUUUGGGACAGGCCAGUACAUCAAUCCUGCUGACCUUACUCUGGGAAACUGUGGUGCUGUCGGAGAGGACAAUAAUGCUCAAGUGUUCAUUUUUGAGGCAGAACUGCAGGAUUGUCUCAGCUCAUUAGCGAUGACAGAAGAUUCCCUCAUCUACACCUUCAUGCUGAACUAUGUUCCCCGACCUCUGGGGGGCUCUCCUGUGGUGAGGACCAGCCAAGCUGCUGUAAUUGUUGAAUGCCACUACCCAAGGAAGCACAAUGUGAGCAGCCUUGGUCUUGAUCCCCAGUGGAUCCCAUUCUCUGCGGUUAAGGUAGCAGAAGAAUUCUUAUACUUCACCCUGAAACUCAUGACUGACAACUGGCAGUAUGAGAGGCCAAGCUACCAGUAUUACCUGGGAGACGUCAUAAAUAUUCAGGCUGUCGUCAAGCAGUACUUCCACGUGCCCCUCCGUGUUUAUGUGGACAGCUGCGUAGCUACUCUAUCACCUGAUAUGUCCUCCAGCCCCAGAUAUGCCUUCAUUGAUCACUAUGGGUGUUUGCUUGAUGGUAGGAUCACAGGCUCUGACUCUAAGUUCAUGUCUCGGUCUGCAGACAACGCUCUUCAGUUCCAGUUGGAGGCAUUCAAGUUCCAGGGUUCUGACAGUGGAAUGCUCUACAUCACCUGCCACUUGAAAGCAACAUGUGCAACCCAUCUCAUCGAUGAAAGUCAUAGAGCUUGUUCCUGGAACAACGGAUGGAAUGAGGCCAGCGGGAUUAAUGGAGUUUGUGGCAGCUGUGAAGUCCCCGGAUUGGGACUUCCACUUACCAGCACCAGCACCAGCAUCAGCACCAGCACCAGGCUAACUCCUGGAAGGAAGGUUCGUGAUGUGUUCGAAAGUGAAGUUGUCGAAUGGGAAGGUGAUGUCACCCUGGGUCCCAUCCCCAUUUCAGAGAGGGUGGUUUAACUCAAUUCCCUGCAACGGCUAUGGCCAUCAAAAUAAACAGCCUCAAUGGUUCAGAACUGUCUGUAUGUUAUUCACUUGCUUCUUGUUAAUAGUUGAAAGUAACCACAUUUACUUCAUUAAUUGUAAUCAACAUUUGACAUAUCAAGAACAUAAUAAAAGUGUAAGAACCAGAAGAA